GGUCAGCCUCACCUCAGGAUAUCACCCCCAAAGCAAUGGACAGGCCGAAAGAGCCAAUCAAAGUCUGGAGUCUAUGCUUCGCUGCGUUGCCCAACGUCAGCCCUAGUCCUGGAGCAAGUUCAUCCCAUGGGUAGAGUACUCCUACAACGCAAUGAAGAGCUCUGCUACCGGUAUGUCCCCUUUUGAGUGUUCUUUGGGCUAUCAACCCCCUAUGUUUCCCCAGCAGGAACUCGAGAUCGGGGUACCUUCUACCAGGGCCCACAUCAAAAGGUGUCAGAGGGUGUGGAGAGCCGCUCGUACGGCCCUUGUUAAGGCAUCAGAGAGGAUGCGUCGCAGUGCCAACAGACACCGUAUCCCGGCCCCUUCUUAUCAGCCUGGACAAAAGGUCAUGUUACUCGCUAAGGACCUCAGCCUCCAGUUUCUGUUAAACUGGGAGGGAUACGGACCGGAGGACAGAUCAUGGGUGCCGGCCUCCUACCUUGCCGACCCCUCUCUUCUGGAGGACUUCUACUGUGCCAACCCGGGGGCCCUCAGACGCUCGUCGGGUGCCUCGCCUAAGGAGGGGGGUACUGUUGCAGUGCGGAUUCGAACCCAAGAUUUUCCCUCAGCAAGAUCACACUCCCUGUCUGGCAGCAUGUCAGGACAUGCCCCCGCCGAUUGCAUCACGCCCUCUCUUCGCCGCAGCUGCAGGCGGUUAGUCAUCAGCACACCUGGCAGUAAUCAGGAGGACAGCAUAAGAACCAGUCACUCCUUGGGACCUACGCCGGAACGUCGUUAA